AUGAGCGACGCAAACACCUUUUCGGUUUCGGACCGUCCCGAAGAAGCUGCCGAACACCAGCAGCCUUCUACGCUCGACAAAGGCAAAGGCAAAGCGCGGGCAGUCGAGCCAGAGGAAAACGACGACGAGGAUGAAGAUGACGACGAAGACGACGAAGAAGAGGAAGGAGAGGAUGACUACAACAUUGACGAUGACGAGCUUGCUGAAUUGAUCGAGGACGACGAGGAGCUCGCCGAGAUCGACACUUCCAAUAUCGUAUGGACCGGACGCAGACGAAACGCGCCUCUGGACUACAGCUCGGAGGAGGCGCUCAAGCAAGCAGGCCUCGACUCGGGUGCUGCUGCUGCCGCUGGUGAGCAGGAAGAGGAAGAUGCAGAGUUUCGUGGCGACGAGGUGGACGACGAGUAA